GUCAAUGUCAAUUUUAAUUGUCAUUUCGCAGAGAUGAAACUUUGAAUUGGUUGAAUUGUUUACUACUUUACUUCAGUCACUACAAUAUUUAUUCAUUCAUAAUUAAAUCAAUGUAAAAUAAACAUUUUAAAUUAUGUGCCAAUAAGUAGGAUUUUAUGUUACUUGAACUAACAAAGACAAGCAGGCAGUGGUGAUAUAACAGACCUGGUGCAAUAUAUUGUUGUAUAUUUACUCUAUGCGCUAGGAUAAAGUCCAUUUAUUUGAAAGAGGACGUAAUUUCGAAAUUAUGGCAGAUGAAUAUAGUGCCGUUAAGCGUGGUAAGCUUAUACUAAAAGGAGAUAAACCCAAGGCUAAAAAGCGCAAACAUAAGAGAAAGGAUAACUCAGAAGAUUCAAAAAUAGAUGAUGAUUCAGUCAAGCAUGGUGGGUGGUGGAAGGUGGAGAAGAUUGAGGACAUAACUGGUUCUAUAUCAUUAGAGUUCGGAAAGAAUUCUUACAUAUCAGCAUUAGACAAUGGCUUGUUCACACUCGGGGCUCCUCACGAUGAGGGAGACGGGCCCUCCCCAGAAGAGAUCUUUACAGCUUUCCCAGCUGGAGAGAACAAGUUUGCUUUGAAAUCCGGAUAUGGGAAGUAUUUGGGUGUGGUGAAAGAGACUGUUGUAGGACGGUCAGAUGCUGUUGGCGCUAUGGAACAGUGGGAACCAGUAUGGCAAGAAGGUAAAACAGCUAUCCUAAGUUCUGUAAACAAGUUCAUAUCAGUGGAUCCCGAGGAUGAUGCAGUAGUUGCCCGCAGUACUGCAGCAGGCCCCAAUGAGUUCUGUAACAUAAGGAGUAACAAGACCAAGGAGGUCAACAAGUCUGUACUGCCUGAUGAGGAGCAGGCUGACUUAUCACAAGUCGAAGUUAACUAUGUUAAAAAGUUCCAGAAAUUCCAGGAUAAGAAACUAAGACUCAAUGAUGGAGGAGUUUCUGAGUUGAAGAAAGCCAAGACAGAAGGCAACCUUCAUGAAACAUUACUAGACCGUAGAAGCAAGAUGAAAGCUGACAGAUACUGUAAAUAAAACAAUAAAAUUAAUAUUUUUCUAAU